GCGGCUCCGCGAAUCCUCCGGCAUCCGCCCCGGCGGGCCGCCCCCGCCCGCGGCAGCCCCCCGAGCAGCGGCCCGGCACCGGCGCCUUCCCGGCGGGCUAGAGCGAGUCAUGGAGCUGCGAGUGGGGAACAAGUACCGCCUGGGGCGGAAGAUCGGGAGUGGGUCCUUCGGAGACAUCUACCUGGGUGCCAACAUUGCCUCUGGUGAAGAGGUGGCCAUCAAGCUGGAGUGCGUGAAGACGAAGCACCCGCAGCUGCACAUCGAGAGCAAGUUCUACAAGAUGAUGCAGGGGGGAGUGGGGAUCCCGUCCAUCAAGUGGUGCGGCGCCGAGGGCGACUACAACGUCAUGGUCAUGGAGCUGCUGGGGCCCAGCCUCGAGGACCUCUUCAACUUCUGUUCCCGCAAGUUCAGCCUCAAGACGGUGCUGCUCCUGGCCGACCAGAUGAUCAGCCGCAUCGAGUACAUCCACUCCAAGAACUUCAUCCACCGAGACGUCAAGCCGGACAACUUCCUCAUGGGGCUGGGGAAGAAGGGCAACCUGGUCUACAUCAUCGACUUCGGCCUCGCCAAGAAGUACCGGGACGCCCGCACCCACCAGCACAUCCCCUACCGGGAAAACAAGAACCUGACUGGCACUGCCCGCUACGCCUCCAUCAACACCCACCUGGGCAUCGAGCAAAGCCGUCGAGAUGACCUGGAGAGUCUGGGCUACGUGCUCAUGUACUUCAACCUGGGCUCCCUGCCCUGGCAGGGCCUCAAGGCGGCCACCAAGCGCCAGAAGUAUGAGCGCAUCAGCGAGAAGAAGAUGUCCACGCCCAUCGAGGUCCUCUGCAAAGGCUACCCCUCUGAGUUCUCGACAUACCUCAACUUCUGCCGCUCGCUGCGGUUCGACGACAAGCCCGACUACUCCUACCUGCGCCAGCUCUUCCGCAACCUCUUCCAUCGGCAGGGCUUCUCCUACGACUACGUCUUCGACUGGAACAUGCUCAAAUUCAUGCGGCCCCCUCCGUGCCAGCCCCCUGCCCUUCCCUGUGGACGGCCCCAAGACCAACUAGGGUGCAGCCCGGAACCCCGAGGACGUGGACCGGGAGCGGCGAGAACACGAGCGCGAGGAGAGGAUGGGGCAGCUGCGGGGCUCUGCUACCCGGGCCCUGCCCCCUGGCCCACCCACGGGGGCCACCGCCAACCGGCUCCGCAGUGCAGCCGAGCCUGUGGCUUCCACGCCAGCCUCCCGAAUCCAGCAAGCUGGCAAUACCUCUCCCAGAGCGAUCUCGCGGGUGGACAGGGAGAGGAAGGUGAGCCUGAGGCUGCACAGGGGCGCGCCCGCCAACGUCUCGUCUUCAGACCUCACUGGGCGGCAAGAGGUCUCCCGGAUUUCAGCCUCACAGACAAGCGUGCCAUUUGACCACCUCGGGAAGUGAGGAGGACGGCCGUCGGACCAGUGUUUGCUUAGUGUCUUCACUGUAUUUUCUUCUAAAAAGCAACGACAGACAAGAUGGAGGAAAAAACCACUCAAAGAACAAAAAGGAAAAAAAACCCAGCACAAAACUGACGAUGGAGUUUGUUUCUUUAAUUACUUUUGCCAACUGCAAGAAGACGGGCCGCCCUCAGCACCGAGGACCCCUGUCCCCUUGCAUCACCCACCGCGUGCUCCCCAGGACAGCGGGCCACAGAGCCAGCCGCCAAGCCCCGCCCCAGCCACCACCACGGCCUGCUGGGAGCGGCCCAGCGGGACAGCGGAGACACUGAGAUGAGCGGCCAGAUGCCAGACGUUCUGGGGGGGCUUUCCCAGCACCCUCCGAGGCCCCGCGCAGGUGGAGGUGGGCCCGAGGCCCCGUGUGCCAGUGUGUAUGGAUUUGACCUGUUGUCCCCAGGGCCAGGUGCUCCGCGCUGCCUGCCAGGCCCCGUCUGUCCUCAUCCCCUAACAAGGACAUGGGGGUGGGCGGUGACCUCCACGUCCCUCAGGGCACAGGGGUCCCCGCCCCCCCCGCCCCCACUCCACCGUCAGCCUGUGCAGCCCCAUCGUCCACUCCUGGUCCUAGGGCGGAGUCUGUGGAGACCCUUCUCCAAAGCCCCUGGCUCUGGGUCAUAGGUGACUACUAGGUCCCCACGACCAGCUGAGGCCCCGCCCCUCGGAGGAGGGCCCGGCCAGUCUGGGCGUGGAUUUAUGCAUUCUUCCGGUUAACACCUGUUUUUGUUUUUAUUUUUUGUUUGUUUUCUCUGUGUGUGUAUUUCCUAAUUUAUUUACCUCUGUUUCCCUGUUUUCCUUUUUUUUUUUUAAUUAAGGAGCAAAGCUUUUUAUUACUUUGUAAUUUAAAAAACUGAAAAAAAAAAUACUGAAGAACUUUGGGGGGAAUUUUGUACUUUUUUCCUGUGUAAAUAUUGGACUUUUUUGAGCUUUAUU